CACCUGACCAUCGCGCACGGAUACCGCAAGGCAUGGUACGCCUGGAGCCGCAUGACGCAGCAGCCGCUCACAGAGCAGCAGAUUAUCGACAACAACGAGGCCAUCACCGCGACCACUGAGCACAACGGAAAGCAAGGGCGACCUGUUACCCUCUGCGAAGUACCUGCCUACAAGACGGAUAGCGCCCCGCUGCCUUUGCUUGAAGCGUCGCCUGUCGAGCCCAAGGUCUACGCCACGAUCCAAGCGAACGCGCUAAGGAAGGUCGCCAUAAGCAAGCCCCGAGCAGCUAACCGACAAAUUGUCAUCAGCAUCGCUGACAUUCCGAGCUGCCCAGGCGACGUCCUCCACGUCGUGGCCGACGCAACCAGUGCGGCCACUAGCGACUUGGACUACGUACUGAUAGGAAUUAACAACCAGCGAACAGUUAACAACUCGGGCAGGUUCGAGAGCCACGAGACACCGCGCAAGUUCGGCACUUUGGGGAAGAACGACCUCUCCGAGAAGAGCGCCAAUAUAAUCCGCGAGUGCAUCGCCAUCGUCGGGGACUUCGCAGCCGAGUCCGACAUCCCGACGAUCGCCGUCCACGAAGGUUCGCAAGCGCUCGCGCUACCUGGAGCGCGGCGCGUCGCCGACAGCGACGAUGUCAAGGAGUGCGCCGCGAGCCAUCCAGUUUUCGGAAAGGUCGCAGUGAUCGCCAGCAACCGACUCAGCGAUGACGACUUCAUCUCCAUCUCCGAAGCCGCCGAGGACAAGCGCGAGACUGCCAUCGCCGAGGCCAUCGACUCCAUGAUCGUAUCAAGAUGGGACUUUCGAGUGGCGAGGCGGGGGCCAUCGCGUGUCAUCGCCGACCGGCGCGGCAGAUGCCGCGACCUUGACAGGCAGGAAUCUUGGCAAACGCCACGACAACAACUGGUUCCCGAAGAGCGGCAGGGCCCGCGCUACGGCGACCCGGCGGACUACUCCUGA